AUGGAGCAUAUGGGCCUGGACACCCCCGGCUUUAUACCGUCCUGCAGGGCCCCGCUAGUCCAAAAGAGCUCCAUGCUAGCUCGAAUCCUUCCCAACCCGUCUCAGGAGGAACCCAAUGACAGUGCUUUGAGUGAUCUACAAAGCAGAACUAAUGUCGGGAUUACUUGCGGUGGAACUACGAUCGUCGUGGAGUGUGGGCCUGAAAUGGGGGGUAGAUCUAGCAUCGCUUGGGCCUCGCGAGAGGAGAAGCGGGAUGAGUGGUCGCUGAUCACUUACGUCUAA